CCGUUGUGUUUUUUCAUGUAAUUUUUUUUUGUAACGUGGUUCAUGUACGAUGCUCGGCGUCGGGAUUUUGCAUCAUCAGCAAUUGGAGUGUUUUGAUGGCAGUGAAGUGACAGGAAAAGGUAAUGACUCAAUUGCACAGAAGCAAAAUUGUGUUGUAGAGGAAAUAAAAGAAGUUAAAUUGAGAUCUCGUCGUGGGAAAUUUAUAUAUAACAGAACUUACAAUUCCGUUGGUUUGAAUAUAAAGGUUAGUCAAUUCUCUCGACGCGGUCGUGCACCUAGCAGACUACCGAUGAAGAAAUUAAAAUCUCUUGUUACAGAAAACACGAAAAGUGAGAGUUUUUGGCAGGGUAUUCGGGUAGGGUAUUGGGCAAAAUACACAAUGAAUUGUCGUAUAAAAUUUCAUUGUUACGUUAAAAAUACAAAUGGUUUAGACUUGUACAGAUACAGAAGUAAAUUACUGUAACAGUGUGAGGUUUAUACCUAUAGGGUAACUCCAAAAUUAGUCCGUCAACGAGAGAAGGUGUAUCUGUCGUCUAAGCAUCAAAGGACAGGCGAUUUAGGUGGGAUGAGAUAUCCAAAUAGGGUUUUAAGUAAGUAUUUGCCAUUUUACAGUGCUAACAAGAGUAUGAAUCACCGGGUUAAUUUUGUACUGACAUCGAGAAGAAUCCAGGACCUUCAGUUUAUGUAGAUGCGACAAAAACAAUUCAUGUUCCAUACUGUCAAGGAAACGUUGCAUUAUUUGUGGAAACUGCUGGGGGUGUUACGAAAACUCAGACCUCAAAAACACAGACCUCAGACCCCAAAAAAC